CGACGCAGCGGCGGCGGCGGCGCCAUUGCUGGCUCCGGCGGGGCGGCGGGCGCGGGAGGGGUGCCCCGGCUGCCGGACGGAGGAGAGGUGCAAGGCCGACCCCGGCAUCCCCUACCUCAGCUUCUUCUACAUCUGGAUCGUCUCCCUCUGCGCCUACAGCUACACCUACAAAGAGAGGAGCAACCAAUCUUCCCCAACCAGCACACAUCAGGCGCCGUUGUCCGCCAUGGCGAUGACCGGAGGCAAGGAUGUGCCAUUGCUGGUCGGCAGGAAGGUGUAUCAUGAAAUCUGCCCUGGGUGCAGGCAGGAGAGGAAGGUGCAGGCCAACGACCGGCCGCCAUACCUGGAUUUCCUCUACACCUGGAUCGCUUGCUUGUCUGCCGCACUACCAAUCCAGUCGUUGUUCCCUUAUCUCUACUUCAUGAUCAGGGACUUGAAAGUGGCAAAGCAAGAGCAAGACAUUGGGUUCUAUGCUGGUUUUGUCGGGGCUGCUUAUUUCCUUGGAAGAACUACCAGUGCUGUGCCAUGGGGCAUGUUUGCUGACAAAUAUGGGAGGAAGCCAUGCAUUGUGAUCAGCAUCCUCUCAGUAAUUGUCUUCAACACACUCUUUGGCCUCAGCACAACUUACUGGAUGGCAAUUGUAACUAGAGGAUUACUUGGAUUACUCUGUGGACUACUAGGACCAAUCAAGGCCUAUGCUUCAGAAGUCUGCAGGAAGGAGCACCAAGCUCUUGGAAUUUCUCUUGUCACGUCUUCGCGAGCAAUAGCUCUGGUUGUUGGACCAGCUAUUGGUGGAUUUCUUUCACAGCCUGCAAAGAAGUACCCAAACAUUUUCUCUGAAGAGUCUAUAUUUGGGAGGUUUCCCUACUUCCUCCCUUGUUUCGUCAUAUCGGUACUAGCAGCAGGAGCAUGUGUUGCUUGCAUUUGGCUUCCGGAAACCCUUCACAUGCACCAUGACGACAAAGUAGAAGCCAUUGAUGCACUGGAGGGACAAGAUGCUAAAGAAUCAGAAUCAGGGAGAAUGGGCCAUACAAAGAGUUUGCUCAAGAACUGGCAGCUGAUGUCAGCAAUUACCCUCUACUGUGUCUUUUCUCUCUAUGAUACAGCUUAUCUUGAGAUAUUUUCACUCUGGGCUGUGAGCAGCAGAAAAUAUAGGGGGCUAAGUUUUACAUCCCAAGAUGUUGGUACCGUGCUAGCUAUCUCUGGUUUUGGUGUUUUGGUCUACCAACUUGCGAUUUAUCCGUUUCUUGCAAAAUAUGUUGGGCCAAUCAAGCCAUUCCGCUAUGCAGCAGUCAUGUCUAUACUUCUCCUUGCAACAUAUCCAUUCAUGGCCAAUCUGUAUGGUCUGGAGCUCAAAAUACUCAUCAACAUAGCUUCGGUUUUGAAAAAUAUGUUUGCUGCUACAAUCACUAUUGCGUGCAAUAUUCUGCAGAACACUGCAGUGACACAAGAACAGAGAGGAGUUGCAAAUGGGAUCUCUGUCACUCUGAUGUCCAUCUUCAAAGCCGUAGCUCCAGCAGCAGCAGGAAUUUUGUUUUCAUGGGCUCAGAAGCACAUCACCGGGUUGUUAUUACCAGGUGAUCAGAUCCUGUUCCUGAUGCUGAACAUGGUGUGUGUCAUUGGGUUCAUCCUAACAUUCAAGCCAUUUUUUGCCUUACCGGAUGAGAUAUGAUGGUGUGUAAUUAAGAACAAAUUCCAAAACUCGUGUGGUUUAGGUCUGGAUUCCAAUCUGCAUGGAUUCAUGUAUUGUACCUUGUUCUGUUCAGUUGUGUAAGUAAAACUUAGAAGUAGGCGAUCUUUGAUUUCUAUCCAAACCAUGAAACAUUGGAUGGUUGAUGCCUAAUAAGAAGUUUACCUCUUGUUUCGUUGA